CAUUAGUUGAAAAACUCUCAUAUACAUAUAAGGGAUAAAUAACGGUGUUCAUAAAUGGUUACACGAUUAUGUUUAUGGAAAUUUUCUCGUCCGAUAUCCAUCUGUUUUGCUACUUUAGUAGGUUCUCGCGGUCGGUUACUUAACGAGCUUUUCCGAUAAACCGAUACCAUAUUCAAUUCCUCUAGCUUGGCAUUGGAUUAUUAUUAAGUUAACAGUGAAUCUCAAUGUCUCGACAAUGUGUCCGCUCUUUGAAACAGUAAAAAUACAGUAGAAGGAGUAGAAACUGAUAUCAACUCUCAAUCGGUGCAAACGUCGCAAAUUCGCUGGAGUAUGAACCAAUAAACUUUUCAACACUAGUAAUGUAACCUAACCAAAAAACUAAAUAAAUUCCUCAACAUAAAUAUGUGAAGAACGGCUACAUUAAGUGAUAAAAGUGUGUCACAUCAUUCUUGGAAUCACCCCAUAGGUGAAAAACGUAAAACGUUUCGCACAAAAUGGACAUAACAACAAAUGUCUGUCUGGCACAGCAGUAGCAGUCUCGACUUAGGCAAAAGCAACCUUGUGAAUAAUAAUUUGGAUCAAAAUAGUCGUUCAAAUCUUUACCAUAGACCACAUAAAUGUAAAAUGUCUCAAAUGUGCGGAGAUGAACUCCACACUCCCCGUUACUUAUCAUGGAGAAAGUUACACCUCAGCAGGGCUAAACUGAAGGCUUCCAGUAAAACAUCAGCCCUGCUAGCCGGUUUUGCGAUGGUAGCCAUGGUCGAACUCCAACUCCAAACCCCAGUUACGAUACCAAAUCCAAUAUUAGUAGCAUUCGCCAUCAUCACCACUCUUCUGGUAGCCGUUCACAUGCUCGCACUUAUGAUAAGUACCUGCAUAUUACCCAACAUUGAAGCAAUAUGCAGCAUGGAUUCAAUAAGCCUGGUUGAUGAAUCCCCCCAUGAACGACUACACUGGUAUAUCGAGACCGCCUGGGCCUUCUCGACUUUGCUUGGUCUCCUUCUGUUCCUCGCGGAAGUGGCUAUUUUGUGUUGGGUGAAGUUCUACGAUAUCAACACGACAGCAGCUUGGUCAGCCAGUAUUGUUCUAGUACCUAUUCUGUUUAUUUUCCUAGCGUUUGCCAUACACUUUUAUAGGUCGCUAGUUGCGCACAAGUAUGACAUGACUGUAUCGGGAAUAAGAGAAUUGGAACUGUUAAAAGAACAAAUCGAUGGUGACCAUCAGAGUAGUAGGGCAAACGGUUUGAAUGAACUCAUGUCCGGUGUGCAUGUUGUAUGAGGCAUGAAUAUGGCUGUGUGAUGGGGGUCUUAAUAUUUUAAUAGUUAUGCUUUCUGAUCACCUUCUUAUUUAGUUUCAUUACUUCAUGAAGUUUGAUAUCAUGAACUCGAAGGCACUGAGUUACUACCUCUGCUGGAGAACCUUCAAUUUUAGACAUUUUAUAAUAAAAUUUCAGAAUUAUUUCUCGUUGAGAAAAAAUUCCUGUUACCAGACCACACCUCAGUUAUUUUGUUAUUAUCUUUAAAUAGAUUUCUUAUAAUUAUCAGAAAUAUUGUUGGCCUAAGUACUUUUUAUAAUGGUAACUUCAGGUGAAUUAAUAAAUAUUUAUGUUCAUUUUAUCUCAUCUACAAAUCUAUAUGGUUUCAGUUACGAUUAUAACUUAUAUUUCUGUCAUAACGAGCAGCACAUUUUUUUCGACUGUACAUUCCAAAAGAGGACAUAGGAUAGUUGACAAUAACUAUUUUGAUAUUGACAAAUUUUAGGGUGUUCCUUAGCUGAAAUAAUUUUAGCGUUUCCUCAAAUAGCUCAAUAUAUACCUAGCGAUAGUACUUAGUCUUUUGUACAGAUGCUGGACAAUUUUAUAGAACCAUAUACAUUAUUUUCAUGUUAUUUCAUUCCUUGGUUGAUAUUGUUACAGUUCCUAUGGCUUUAAUAUCGAUCAAGAUUGGAAUGAAAUUCUUAUCCUAGAAUAUUCUCUACAUUUUGUACCUAUAAUGGAUAGAAGUGUGGAAUUGAAAUCUGAACAUCAUUAUCUGUGAUUUAUCAUGAUUUUUAUAAAAAUAUAUAUUAUGAUGUAUAAAUAAGAUAUAAUAAAUUAUAUAUUUCGAUAUA